AUGAUUAAACAAGCAAAAGUAAUUUCUUUAAUUUCUUUCCCUCCCUCCGAAAACUUUCUGAUUUUCCUUUCUUCAUGGUCUUUUUUUCUUCUUUCUUUUGCACCACAUUCUUUUCCGUUCUUCUUCUAUUUAUUUUAUCUUUCUUUAUUUUCUCUCACACGCAUUCUUUCUUUCCUUCUCACUGACUUUUCAUCUUUCUUUCAUUCUGGUGCCUCUCAUCUCCUGGCCUUUCCUUCUUCGCCUUUUUCCUUGCCUUUAUUUUUUUCGCUUCGCUCUAUCUUUCAGUUCUUCCUUACUCUUUCUGUCCUGUUCAUCCAUCCUAGUCUUCAUUCAUUCUGGUUUCAUUUCCUCUCUUAUAUUUCCAUAUUCUUUCUUUAUCGUUUACCCUUUUCUAUAUUUCAUUCAUUCAUACUUUCUUUUUUUUCGUUCGUUCAUUCUCAUUAUUUAUUUUCUUUCAUUCAUUCUUUCUUUCGUUCUAAUGUUAAUUACUUUUUCUUUUUUCUUCUCUGUUCCUUUCUUUCUUCUUUCUUUCUUUCUUUCUUUUUCUAUUUCUUUCAUUUUUUCUUUCUUUCGUCCUUUCGUUCUAAUGUUAAUUACUUUUUCUUUUUUCUUCUCUGUUCCUUUCUUUCUUCUUUCUUUCUUUCUUUCUUUCUUUUUCUAUUUCUUUCAUUUUUUCUUUCUUUCGUCCUUUCGUUCUAA